GAAGUCGCUGCUGAAUAUAAGGAGGAGAAGAAGAAGAAGCAGCAUUAUCAGACUGAACCGAAGAGUUAAGAAGUCGCCUGUCUUCUUACCCUGACUGUUGACGAUGCAGACGCCGGCCCAGUCGGUCCUCCACAGCGGGUAUUUCCACCCGACGCUGCGCUACUGGCAGAGCUGCGCCGCCGACCUCAGACCGGACAACCUCAUCUACCCCAUCUUCAUCACAGACGAUCCGGACGCCGUGGAGCCGAUCGGGAGCCUGCCGGGUCAGUUCCCCUCCCAUCCUCUGGCGGUGUAUAACGUGUCGGGGGAGUAUGCCAUGCUGUGGCACGGAGCGAAGGCCGGAGCGUUCGACCUGCGGGCCGCUGUGAUGGAGGCCAUGACCGCCUUCCGCAGGGCAGGCGCUGACAUCAUCAUCAGCUACUACACACCUGAGCUGCUCACCUGGCUGAAGGAGUGAGGGAGUCGCUCUGCCUGAGGGAAACGUCGUAAACUGGAGCCAAAUCAUUCCUGGACCUKCUGAUCUCCAUGCUGGGCUGAAGAUCCUGGAAACUAGUUUCUGAUUUUAGCUGCUGAAGCCAUGAUGUAUUGAGAAAGUGGCAACAUAUUUUAGUUUUUUAUCAUAGCGUGUCRCCGCUGCAUUAAACUAGAUCAUGAAUCAGAUAAUUAUGACAUGUUUAUGGAAGAGAAAAUAAAAUAGUUCAUUCUGA